UUUGAAGCACCGCCCCCAGAGCUUGCUUUACGCUGCGCGGGAACGCACAUGCACGGACGUGGCUGAAUAGACGGCGCCGGUCUUCCCUCGCCAGCUUCCUGGUCAACUCUUCCUCUAUUAUAGUGAAAGUAUACUCUCGGGAGUGCGCGCCCUUUAAGCACCUACACAUCGCGACAACGCGUUACGCGGCGCUGACGAUUUCACCGCGACUACUUCGGCGCGCACAGCAGCAGCCAAGGAGCGGGGAUGGCCGAUGCAACAGAAGACGUUGCGAUACGGACGCGAGCACGUGGAAUAUCGCCGACAGCGUAUCGAUGAGGCCGCAACCGGUGUCCUUCUCCGAACCAUAAGAGCAUGCCGGCAGUCAUGCACCUUUCGCUGGUCAUCCUACUGUGCGCCCUGGCUGCUCUCCAUGGCUGGCCCCCAUCUGGUGCAGUUGUCAGUGCAGCCAACAUCACGACAACCAAAGAAGCAGCAAAAAAUAGCAGCGAUGAGCACGUCGAGUCACUGCUUCGCUGCAGUUCUCAAAUACUCAAAACGUCGAUAAAUACCAGACGUCGAUUGUGCUCAAAUGAUUCCAGCUGCAUUCGCUACGGGGACUGCUGUUUCGACGCAGCCGUCGCACCAAACAGCACGUCCAAGAAGGACACAACUUGUGUUCCAGUGCUCGACCAUAAAGGUGUCCGCCGCAAAAUAAUGAUGGUCACUCGCUGCAACGACUCCUGGCCGGAAGACGAGGUCAGGAAGGGCUGUGAAGACGCUGGCGCGAAAAAUGAAACAUUCUUCCAGAUCCCAGCAACGAGCACAAGCGGAUACACCUAUUCGAACGGGUUCUGCGCACUCUGCAAUUACGACAUGGAGAGCUGGGUUUUCUGGACAACCUCAUUUUUUGAGAGCAAGCAAGAAACCUUCGAGUUACACGAGGAUUCCUUGAAGAAUACCUUGCGUUAUUGCACCACACGUGAAAAUUAUACUGAUCUAUGCGGAGGAGUUGAAGGCAACGUGUUCGAAGAAGCAAAAAGCAUGUGUAAGCUUUACUUGGAGCCUGUUAGACUAAAUUACACCGGCAAAACGUACAAGAACGUGUACUGUGCGCUUUGUAAUCAAGUGGACAUAAAUUCGCUGGUAUGCCAUCCUGCCGAAAGAGCGAGUAUCGCCAACACUGCAGAUUCCCGUAACGAGUUUAGGGGCUUCAAACAGAUCAGUGUCAAGAAGUUGGCAAGCAACGCCACGUCGUGUGCUGCCUGGUUCAACGACAAGUGUUACAUCAACGACACGGUCUACUGGUACAAGGAGGAAAACGUGUCCGCGAGUAACGUCACGGAUGCGGCGGGCGACGGGUCUUACACCUACACCUACCAACACUACCUCAUCAUGGUCUGCAUCGGACUGUCGCUCUUCUUCCUUCUCAUGAAGGGCGUCACGUACGCCGCCUUCAGCGCCGCCCGCAACUUCGCGUCGCGGUGCAACCUGUGCUUGUCCGCGACGCUCUUCUUCACUCAACUUGUCUACAUCUUGACCAGUUACCUCGACGUUCCCAACGACGUCUGCGUGGUGUCCUCUGUCUUCCAGCACUUUGGUUUCAUCGCCACUUUCGCCUGGACCACGGUGCUGUCAUUCGACAUGUGGAGGAACAUCUCGUCCAUGCGGGUAGCCACAAGAAGCGACAAGACGCUGCUUCUUUAUGGAGCCGUGGCGUGGGGCGCCCCUUUUCUGUUCGUGGCCGCGUGCUGUGGCCUGAACUGGGGAGCUCCGUGGUCUCCGUACUCGCCCGCGUACGGCCAGUACUAUUGCUUCUUCGGCAAGUACCGUCCUUACAUCGCCUUCUUCCUCGUUCCCAUGGGCGUGCUGCUGGCAGUAGACAUGGGAUUCUACGCGCACAUCAUCGUAUACGUGAGACGAACCAAGGACUUCAGGAAAGGCAAGGUCUCCAACAGCGGCGGCGGUGAACAGCCCUCCGACGCGGCACUGUUCUUCAAGCUUGCCCUAAUCAUGGGGGCAGCCUGGUUUCUGGGGCUGCUGAACUUCAUCAACUCGUCCGUAAUUCAGGUCCUCACAAGCAUCCUGAACGGUCUACAGGGUGUAUACCUCUUCUUCGGCUUCCAAGACUACAAGUACUACGUGGCCGCAAUUAAAGCGAGGUACAAGAACGAGAAGCGUACGCUAUCGUCGACUGCCUCUAACUCUUCCACUGCCACAGAUGUGCCGAGUGUGAGUGACGUGCCCGCGGCCAGUGCCAACGGUGAGAGGCAGCGGGGCGUGAGACUUCCCAUGGACAAUUUUCACGACCGAAUUAAAUAG